UCGUUUAGAGGAAGGGAAUGAGUUGCAUACUUAGGAGUAUUACUGUUUAAUCUCACAGCCACCAUGCCUGCCGAAACUAUAGGGGACAUGAAGACCAUACCAGGAGGUCUCCGGUUCGUGUUCGGAGGCCUUAGUGGUAUGUGUGCCACGAGUGUCGUCCAGCCCAUGGAUCUAGUGAAAACCCGCAUGCAGCUUCUCGGCACGGCUGGCAAGAAUGUCACCAUGAUAUCCAUGACCAGAGAGGUGGUAAGCAGCCAGGGUGCCGGAGGCCUGUACGUAGGACUGUCAGCCGCGCUGUUCCGACAGGCCACCUACACCACUGGCCGGCUCGGCUGUUUUACCUACAUCACUGACGUCUAUACUGCUAACUACGGCGUGCCGAAUUUCGGCGUGAAGCUGGCGAUCGGCGUGGUAGCCGGUUGCGUCGGCGCGCUGGUUGGCAACCCCGCUGAAGUAGCACUGGUUCGGAUGACUGCUGAUGGCCGCUUGCCUGUCGAACAGCGACGGAAUUACACUAAUGUGUUCAAUGCUCUUGCCAGAAUGAUCAAGGAGGAAGGCGCAUUGACCCUGAUGCGCGGAACGUCGGCCACCGCCGCGCGCGCCGCCGUACUCAACGCUGCCCAGCUUGGUACUUAUGCCCAGGCUCGUGAAGCGCUGCUGCCUAAAAUGGGGGACGGCAUCCCCCUCCACUUCUGCGCGUCCAUGAUAGCCGGCUUCCUUGCGACGAGCGCGUCCCUGCCGUUCGACAAGGUCAAGACGAAAGUCCAGAACGCAGCACAGGGCGGUUCAAGAGCCAGCAUGGUCGGCGUUAUUCUAAGCGUCAUAAAGAAGGAAGGUCCUCUCGGCCUCUGGAGCGGAUUCCUGCCCACAUACUUCAAGAUUGGACCCCACACUGUGCUCACGCUGAUUGCAUUGGAGCAGAUCAACGCCUUCUACUUAAGUUUAGCCUAAAUACACGACUGUAGAGGUUAUGAUGC